AAAUGAAUGCAAACGGAAAACGCAGAAUCACAACUCACCAGGACGCUGCCACCAUGAAAAAAUCGCUGUCGAAGAACUCCGACUCCUCGACUCAGUUCGACUCGCCUCUCCCCUUCCACUCUCCAGCGCGAUGGGACGGAACUGACCCGCUGGAGUCACCGGAAUACCAGUCGACGGAAAACUCGCCGGGAAAACUGGUGGAAAACCCUAUGGCUAUCGUGAAGCUCGAUAUGCGAAAGCAGGUCUCUCCCAAUAAACGCGCAGAGCGCCAGAAGCCGCCGGAAAAAGCGCCUUCGGCGGUGAUGAUGUACACCGGAUCAGCAGCGGAGGAGCCUCAGCGGCCGGCGGUGCAGUUGGGAGCGGCAAGCGGAGGAGGUGAACGGAGAUCUAGGUCGGCGGCACUGGGGUGGAAGACGGAGGAGGUGGUGAGUAAGGCGGCGUUAGGGUUCCGGCUGAGCGAGGUGGCGGUGUGUCUGAUUUCGUUUUCAGUUAUGGCUGCAGAUAAAACGCAAGGUUGGAGUGGCGACUCCUUUGAUCGCUAUAGAGAAUAUAGGUAUUGUUUAUCUGUGAAUGUUAUCGGAUUUGCUUAUUCGGCGUUACAAGCAUGUGAUCUGGCUUGUCAAUUAGUCACUGGGAAACACUUAAUCAGUCACCACCUUCGCUAUCACUUUGAUUUCUUCUUCGAUCAGGUUCUGGCAUAUCUUCUGAUAUCAGCAUCAUCAUGUGCAGCCACGCGGGUUGACGAUUGGCAAUCGAAUUGGGGGAAAGAUGAGUUCACAGAAAUGGCAACUGCUUCAAUUGGAAUGUCCUUCAUCGCUUUUAUUGCCUUUGCAAUGAGCUCGCUCAUCUCUGGUUACAUCCUAUGUAACCGGAGCUCUAUGUGAACUUCGCAUGCACUUUCUACUUCUUACAACUUGUUUGUCUAUACGAGGUUUCUUUUGUUUCUCUUCUUCUGUGACGGAAUCAAUUGAAGAAAUUGUUGAUGCCCUGAUUUUUCACUCUACUCAGACUUGUGUAUAUAUACAGUUCCAAUAUAUCGUUCAUGUUGCAAAUGGAGAAGCAGAGUAUCCUUGAUUUCCAUUCGAUUACACCUUUUUUUAUAUAUAUAAUUCUAACGUUAUUU